AUGCCUGCAGACACUGUCCAGUACCACACCGACAGUACCACACCGCCAGACACUGUCCAGUACCACACCGCCAGACACUGUCCAGUACCACACCGCCAGACACUGUCCAGUACCACACCGCCAGAGACUGUCCAGUACCACACCGCCAGAGACUGUCCAGCACCACACCGCCAGCACCACACCGCCAGUACCACACCGCCAGUACCACACCGCCAGUACCACACCGCCAGUACCACACCGCCAGUACCACACCGCCAGUACCACACCGCCAGUACCACACCGCCAGUACCACACCGCCAGUACCACACCGACAGUACCACACCGACAGUACCACACCGCCAGUACCACACCGCCAGUACCACACCGCCAGUACCACACCGACAGUACCACACCGCCAGACCCACACCGCCAGUACCACACCGCCAGACACUGUCCAGCACCACACCGCCAGCACCACACCGCCAGUACCACACCGCCAGUACCACACCGCCAGUACCACACCGCCAGUACCACACCGACAGUACCACACCGCCAGACACUGGUCCAGUACCACACCGCCAGUACCACACCGCCAGUACCACACCGACAGUACCACACCGACAGUACCACACCGCCAGUACCACACCGCCAGUACCACACCGCCAGCACCACACCGCCAGCACCACACCGCCAGCACCACACCGCCAGUACCACACCGCCAGUACCACACCGCCAGUACCACACCGCCAGUACCACACCGCCAGUACCACACCGCCAGUACCACACCGCCAGUACCACACCGCCAGCACCACACCGCCAGCACCACACCGCCAGCACCACACCGCCAGCACCACACCGCCAGCACCACACCGCCAGACCCACACCGCCAGCACCACACCGACAGCACCACACCGCCAGUACCACACCGCCAGUACCACACCGCCAGACACUGUCCAGCACCACACCGCCAGCACCACAACGCCAGUACCACACCGCCAGUACCACACCGCCAGCACCACACCGCCAGUACCACACCGCCAGUACCACACCGCCAGUACCACACCGCCAGUACCACACCGCCAGACACUGUCCAGUACCACACCGCCAGACACUGUCCAGUACCACACCGCCAGACACUGUCCAGUACCACACCGCCAGACACUGUCCAGUACCACACCGCCAGACACUGUCCAGUACCACACCGCCAGAGACUGUCCAGCACCACACCGCCAGCACCACACCGCCAGCACCACACCGCCAGUACCACACCGCCAGUACCACACCGCCAGUACCACACCGCCAGACCCACCUACCCUGUACUCCGCGGGGGUCAACAACUACUAA